AUGGCCUCCAUGUUUGAACAGCCGGGCAACGGCACCCUGUUCCUCGGUGGACAAAAGAUCUCGGGUGCAGAUAUUCGAGACCAAAAUGUCAUCGCUACCCAGAUGAUUGCAAAUGUAGUCAAGAGCUCUUUCGGCCCUAGCGGCCUGGACAAAAUGAUGGUCGACGACAUUGGCGAUGUUACUGUCACAAACGACGGCGCCACCAUUCUCAGCCUUCUCGACGUCGAACACCCUGCCGGGAAGAUUCUAGUUGACCUUGCGCAUCAACAGGAUAAGGAGGUUGGCGAUGGCACGACAUCGGUGGUUCUGAUCGCGGCCGAGUUGCUCAGGAGAGGAAACGAACUGAUGAAGAACCGGAUACAUCCGACAACCAUCAUCACGGGCUACCGCCUGGCCCUCAGGGAGGCGGUCAAGUACAUGAACGAGCACGUCAGCAUCAAGGUGGAAAACCUGGGUCGCGAGUCGCUGCUCAACAUCGCCAAGACGUCCAUGUCGAGCAAGAUCAUCGGCUCGGACUCGGAUUUCUUUGCGAACAUGGUUGUCGAUGCCAUGCACGCCGUGAAGACAACAAACAACAAGAACGAAUCCAAGUAUCCCGUGAAAGCGGUCAACAUUCUCAAGGCCCACGGCAAGGGCUCCCUCGAGUCGAUCCUCGUCAAGGGUUACGCGCUCAACUGCACCGUGGCCUCGCAGGCGAUGACAACGCGGGUGCAGGAUGCCAAGAUUGCCUGCUUGGACAUCAACUUUCAGAAGGAGCGGAUGAAGCUGGGCGUCCAGAUUACGAUCGAUGACCCGGAUCAACUCGAGCAGAUCCGGCAACGGGAGGCAGGCAUGGUUAUUGAGCGGAUAGAAAUGAUUCUCAAGGCCGGGGCGAACGUUAUCCUGACGACCAAGGGCAUCGAUGAUCUCUGUCUGAAGCUGUUCGUUGAGAAGGGCGCGAUGGCUGUGCGUCGGUGCAAGAAGGAGGACCUCCGCCGCAUCGCCAAGGCUACCGGCGCCACCCUCCUGAGCACGCUCUCCGACCUCAACGGCGACGAGAAGUUCGAGCCGUCAUACCUUGGUUAUGCCGAGGAGGUGGCACAGGAGCGUAUCUCGGACGACGAGUGCAUCAUGAUCAGGGGCACCAAGGCUCACUCGUCGGCUUCCAUCAUCCUUCGCGGCCCUAACGACUUCCAGCUCGACGAGAUGGAGCGAUCAGUGCACGACAGCUUGUGUGCCGUCAAGCGGACGCUCGAGAGCGGCAGCAUCGUGCCGGGUGGUGGUGCGGUCGAAACGGCCCUGCACAUUUACCUGGAGGAAUUUGCGGGCACAGUCGGCUCGCGGGAGCAGCUCGCCAUCGGCGAGUUUGCGCAGUCAUUACUUGUGAUCCCCAAGACGCUGGCCGUCAACGCCGCCAAGGAUGCCUCCGAGCUGGUUGCGCAGCUCCGGUCAAGGCAUGCGCUCUCGCAGCGGAUCCAGGAAGGGGAGGCGAACGAGGACGAGAAGACGGUGGCACGCAAGAAGGCGUACAAGAACUACGGUCUAGACCUGAUGAAGGGCAAGGUGGUGGACGAGAUCAAGGCCGGCGUGGUGGAGCCCAGCAUCAGCAAGAUCCGACAACUGAAGAGCGCGGUGGAGGCGUGCAUCAGCAUCAUGCGUAUUGAUACCCUGAUCAAGCUGGACCCUGAGCCGCAGGCGGAGGAUGAUGGCCACGACCAUUAG